AUGAAAUAUUGUAUUACAUUAGAAGUUAAAACUUUCAAUGUUCUAACCAUAGAAUGUGUGCAAUGUCUGUCUGAAGUGGAUAGUAAUUGCAUCAACAAUCCUCCGCCUUCAAUUCCUUGUAAUGGUACAGAUAUGAAAUAUUGUAUUACAUUAGAAGUUAAAACUUUCAAUGGAAAAUUAAUUCGUCUUACUCGGACGUGCAGUCCUGACGACAUUAUAAAAGAGGAAUGCGAAGAUGGAAUAGAAAAUGGAGAUGUAGUCAUCGUUUGUCAUCGUGCAUGCUCGACAGAUAACUGCAAUAUAUCUCCUAAUAUACAACUUACGAGAAGUUUACUAAUUGCCUUGCAAUUAAUAAUACUUAUGAUUUAA